AUGUCAGGCCAGCCCAACCAUGAAUUGUCUUCGGAUCUUGAAAAAGCCUCACAGGCGGAAGCAGUGGCACAGGAGGAAGUAACGUCAGUGAAAGCUCCUGAGCAGGAUGCCACAGACAAGGACGAGCCAAUGACCGCAGCAGCCGAAAAGAUGGGCAAUCUCACGGUAGAUAUUGGCGCAAGCAAAGCAGCAGAGAGUGUGCCCUCGAAAGAGCUCCCCUCCACUCCACCGCCACCCGAGCCGCCGGCUGGCAAUGAAAAGCCGUAUCGUGACCCAACUCCCAAAACACCUGUGCCAUCUCGCAUGCCAUCUGCAAGGGUUCAGAUACCGCAAGACGAGGGUAGUAUACCGGCGGCGUCUGGAGAGUCGCAACAGACCGAAAAUGGAGGGGAAUCUGCGUCUGAGAUCCAGAGCAUUAUGGAUCAGUUCGCAGACGAAGCUGCGGCUCCGACGAGGGAAGAAAUAAUGUCGCCUCGACACGAGCUUUCCAGUCCGCCUCUUGGAUCGCCUGCCCAUUUUCCUCCACGCAAGUCCAGUCUCGAGCCUCUGCGGUCCAGAGACAUGGACGCGAUAGCUUCGUCGCCAGUCGCGUCGAGCCAGUCGAUAUCGGACCAACUACCACUUUCUCCCCCUCCUCCUGCUGUGCCUCCUAAACAUGAUUCCGAUCAGCUGGAGGGACCAUUACUGCCCAGCAGGCCAUCCCAGGCCAGCCUCCCGCAUCAACCACCGCCGCCGGAGCCUGAACCAGAUCUACCAUUUGACUUCCACCGGUUCUUAGAACAGCUCAGACACAAGUCAGCCGACCCAGUAGCUAAAUUUCUACGCUCCUUCUUGACAGAAUUUGGCAAAAAGCAGUGGAUGGUCCAUGAGCAAGUCAAGAUUAUUAGCGACUUUUUGUUCUUUAUCACCAACAAGAUGGCUCUAUGCGAGAUUUGGCGUGACGUCUCGGAGAACGAGUUCGACAAUGCCAAAGAGGGCAUGGAGAAGCUUGUCAUGAACCGUUUGUACGCGCAGACAUUCUCACCGGCUAUUCCGCCUCCGGCAACAAUACCGCGCUCGCGUUCACGGGGCCGUCGCAAAGAUGUGGAGAAGAUUCUGGGGCCGGGUCGAAAGGGGCAGCAUCAAGAGGAUGUGGAGCGGGAUGAUGUUCUGGCUCAGAAGAUCAGAAUCUAUAGCUGGGUGAAGGAACAGCACCUCGACAUUCCACCAGUUGGUCCCAAUGGCGAGCGUUUCUUACGUCUUGCCCAGCAAGAGCUGCUCAAGAUCAAAAGCUACCGAGCUCCGCGCGAUAAGGUCAUUUGUGUUCUCAACUGCUGCAAAGUCAUAUUUGGAUUGCUGAAGAACGCGAAAAGCUCGGAUACCUCCGCAGACUCGUUCGUGCCCUUGCUGAUAUACGUGGUGCUGCAAGCAAAUCCAGAAAACCUGGUCUCGAACAUCCAAUAUAUUCUGAGAUUCCGGAACCAAGACAAGCUUGGCGGCGAAGCAGGAUACUACUUGUCGUCGCUGUCAGGGGCGAUCCAAUUUAUUGAGAGUCUGGACCGGACUUCUCUGACCGUCAGCGACGAAGAAUUUGAGAAGAACGUUGAGCUCGCAGUCUCCGAGAUUGCGGCGCAGAACCGCGAAACAGAAGCCCUCAGCCCCCGAGCGACGUUCAUCGAGAAGUCGUCCGUAGCAGAACCUGAAUUAACACCCCGCAACUCUAUGGAGGUCACUGCCUCGCCCAGGCGCAGUAUGCAGCAAGAUAGAAACAUUCCUGGUCCCAGCACAAGUUCUGAAGACAGCGACGCCGUUGCCGGCCUUCUGCGAACGAUUCAGCGCCCACUGUCUACUAUUGGAAGGAUGUUUUCCGAUACAGAGACUACAUCACCGGAUCAGUCUGGACCCGGCGGGACUUAUGGUACGCCGCCUGCUAGAAGCAGCCCACUAGCUGUACCCGGUGAGGGUGGGCCCGAGAGGCGUGGAUCGCAGCCCAAUGUGCCGCAAAGGGGCCGGCAACCAGGUGAGGUUGACGAUGCGCAAGAGGCAGCGGCAAGACAGGCAAGCGCAGAAGCAGCAGAAGCGAGGAAGAUACAAAGGGCUGAGCAUAGAACCGUUGUUGAAACCCUGUGUGGCAUGUUCCCCAACCUGGACAAGGAAGUUAUCGACGAUGUGGUGCGGCAGAAGCAGGGCCGGGUUGGACUUGCGGUUGACGCUUGUCUUGCACUCACGGCAGGAAGCUGA